AUGUACAUUCUGUUAUGCGGCUAUCCACCAUUUUAUUCAAAACACAGUUUACCCAUAAGUCCCGGUAUGAAAACUAAAAUUCGUGCUGGCGAAUAUCGAUUUCCAGAAGCGGACUGGUGUAUGGUAUCAGAUGAAGCUAAAAAUCUGAUACAAGCCAUGUUAACAGUAGAACCCGAAAAGAGACCAAAUAUUGAGACAAUAUUGAAAAGUUCAUGGUUAUCUGAAUUCACUACACAUUCAAACACACCAUUGAACACAUCACGUAUUCUCAUGGAGGAGUUAGAACAAUGGAAUGAUAUUGAAGCAGCCAUCUGUGAAACGAAUAAAUAUAAUCGAAUGCCCAGUGACGAGAAAAUCAAUAUUUCAACAAGUGAUAAUGGUAUAUUGCAGCGACGACAAGAACGACAGAAUAAUAAUAACAAGAAAUAG